AUGGUUCGCUCUAGUGUCACCAUCCUCUUUACCCACCUUGCUCGUCGAUCACUCUUUCACGCUAACGAUUCUGUAUAUCAAUUAGUUUUCCAAAGGGGUUAUAGGACAUUGAAUUUAGGAUCAUGUAGUUCAUCUAGAGUUAUUGGUAGUAAUGCACCAAAUGUUGCAGUUAAAGGCUAUGUUAAUUUGAAGAACUGGUUGCUAUUGGGAGCGGCUAAUUCAUAUUUAGGGGCGUAUAGAUCAAUUCAUGGCUCAGCAUCAUUGGCAAGGGAUUAUUAUGAUGUUCUUGGAGUGAGUAAAGAUGCAAGCUCUUCCGAAAUAAAGAAGGCUUACUAUGGGCUUGCGAAGAAGCUUCAUCCAGACACAAAUAAAGAUGAUCCCGAGGCUGAAAAGAAGUUUCAAGAAGUCACAGUGGCAUAUGAGGUUUUGAAGGAUGGGGAAAAACGUCAACAGUAUGAUCAGGUUGGACAUGAUGGCUAUGUAAACCAACAAAGCACUGGUUUUGGAGGCGAGGGUGGCUUCAAUCCUUUCGAGCAUGUGUUCAAUGGCUUCAAUCCUUUCAACAACAUUUUCCGUCAAAGUGCUGAUGUCAAGACUGUCAUUGAACUAUCUUUUACCGAAGCUAUUGAAGGGUGCACCAAAACUCUGGCAUUUCAAACAGAUGUCCUUUGUAAUGCUUGUGGUGGGAGUGGUGUUCCUCCUGGUACAAGACCUGAAACUUGUAUGCGAUGUAAAGGGUCAGGGAUGAUAUUUGUACAAACUGGAAUAUUCAGAAUGCAGAGUCCUUGUGGUACCUGCAAGGGAACUGGAAGAAUUGUAUCGAAUUUCUGCAGGUCUUGCAAGGGUGCGAAAGUUGUCAAAGGAACAAAGACAGUAAAGUUGGAUAUUAUAUCUGGAAUCGACAAUAAUGAGAUUCUAAAGGUGUAUGGAGGUGGUGGAGCAAAUCCUGAUGGACAUCAUUCCGGUGAUCUAUAUGUUACUAUCAAGGUUAGGGAAGAUCCUGUUUUUCGCAGAGAUGGAUUAGAUGUUCAUGUGAAUGCUGUUUUAAGUUUCACUCAGGCGAUUUUGGGGGCAACCAUUGAGGUCCCAUCUUUUACUGGAAAUGUAAUGCUUAAGGUUCCCCCAGGCACCCAACCUGGUCAAAAGGUGGUUUUGAAAAGGAAAGGUAUAAGGAAAGGAACAAAUAGUUUCAAAUAUGGGGACCAAUAUGUUCAUUUUAAUGUCAGCAUUCCAGCAAGCCUGACAGAGAGACAGCAUGGAUUGAUCGAAGAGUUUGCCAAGGAAGAGCGAGAGGAAUCGGAUAAACGGAAAGCUGCUUCGGCUUCUAGUUAA